CAAAGGUUGAAACAUGGCGGAAGACCGAAAGCAGGAAACCCUAGAGUCAAGUGAAACCUUGCCCUUUAUUCAAAAGGCAUUAGUCAUCCCGGAAAAGUUAAAGGAUUCGCCUGAAGAUGAAACGGAAAAGGAAGAGGACAAUAAAGACACUGCCUGUGGCUUCUGGAUAUUCAGGGGUCCCUCUAUGCAAAGAUUUGCCACUGAGCAAAUGUAUGUGAUUCUCUAUGGAUUAGCGGGCUGUGUGAUGACAAUGACCUUUGCCUACUUUAAUGCUACUAUAACGACCUUGGAGAAGCGCUAUAAAAUACCAACAAAGAUUACUGGCAUAAUCUCGGUGGGAAAUGAUAUCAGUACGAUGCUAACGGCCGCCCUCCUGGGUUAUUAUGCGGGUAAUGGGCAUCGUCCCCGCUGGAUGGGAAUUGUGUCCCGUUUAGGUUUACUGACCAUCGUGGCUUUUUGCCUGCUAACAAGCUCCCUGCAUUUCCUUUACGGAGCUGGCGAGGAUGCCCUUAAGCUGACCCGGGAGUUUGGUCAGGUCAACGAAACUUUGGCGAGGCAAGAGAAGGACAAGAAAUUAUGUCAGUCGAGUCCUGGAGGAUGUAUCCAGGAGGUGGGUCAGUGGGUGCCGCAAGUGUUUCUGUUUGUGGCUCAGCUUAUUUCGGGAGUGGGUCAGGCUCUUUUCUAUACUUUGGGCAUUGCCUACUUGGACGACAAUGGCACCAAGUCCAAGACACCUGCCAUGUUGAGUAUGUCUUCAUUAUUGAGGAUGCUGGGUCCAGCAAUUGGGUAUUCCCUGGCUGCUCUUUGCCUGCGCUUGUACAUCGAACCCACCUUGGAACCUCUGAUUGGGCGGGAGGAUCCCCGCUGGUUGGGCGCCUGGUGGCUGGGAUGGCUAGUCCUGGCUGCCAUUACCUUGAUUUCUGCCCUAUUCCUGUUUAUGUUUCCCAAAGAGCUGCCCAGUUCGCGAAAGAGACGUCUCCAACUCAAGCAGACGGAAAGGAAGAUGUCACUGCCCCUCAAAGAGCGCUCCUUUGGGGACAUGAUGAAGACAGUCAGGAGAUUGGCGAGGAACAAGGUGUAUGUGUACAACACCUUUGCAUCCAUCCUAUACUUCUUCGGUUACAUGGCCUAUUGGAUAUUCACCCCAAAGUACAUCGAAACCCAGUACAGACAAUCGGCGGCCACGGCGACCAUGGCCACGGGAACAGUGGCCCUCGGAUUCUCCGCCGCGGGAGUCCUAAUCUCCGGAUACGUGAUCUCCAAGUACAAGCCGAGUGCCAGGUCCAUGGCCUGCUGGAAUGCCAUCGUGGACUUCGUAACGGUGGCGGGAAUCCUGUGCUAUGUGGCCAUCGGAUGUGAGGGCAGCGACAGGUUGAACUCCCUGACCACCUUGUCCGCCGGGGACAGCUGCAGUGCCUCCUGUCACUGCGACUACGUGCACUAUGCUCCGGUUUGCAGUCCCGAGAACAUCACCUACAUCUCCGCCUGCCACGCGGGGUGCUCAGAAAGGACGAAGGAUGCCCUGGGCAGGACCAUUUACACUGACUGCCAGUGCUUGGGGUCUUCAAGUUUGACCACUUCGGAGUCCCAAUUCGCUGUGGACGGCACUUGUCCAGUAGACUGCUUCAACGAGUUCCUUGUCUUCCUGGGCGUGAUGUGCUUCCUAAAACUCGUGGGAGCAUCCAGUAAAUCAACGAACCUGCUCAUCGCCCUGCGCUGCAUCCCCCAAGAAGACAAGACCUUCGCUCUGGGAUUGGGCUCAAUGGUGGCUUCCCUGCUUGCGUUCAUUCCCAGUCCAAUUUUCUUUGGUUGGCUAAUAGACAACUAUUGUUUGGUGUGGGGCAAGACCUGCUCUAGUAAAGGAAACUGUUGGCUCUAUGACACGGAAUCCUUGCGAUACGCUUUGAAUUUCACAGCCGCUUCCUUUAUAUUUUUGGGCGGCUUCCUAAAUAUUUCCGUUUGGUAUCAUGCCAAGGAUCUCAAGAUAUUUGAUGAGGAGAAGUCUCCGAAAAGCAGUUCACAGAAUAAGGAAUUGGAAAUGAAAAGCCUGAAUUCCAAAUCUCAGCAGAAUUAAAAACCUUACCUAUUUUUGUUAAACCAAAUAAACUAGCUAUGAUUGAAGUUUCA